GAAAAUCUCGAGAAAAAUCCUUUUUUUGAGAAAUAUGCUAAUAAAAUAGCCAAAUUACAACAAACUAGCCCAGAAGAAUUUUUACAACGUGUCAAAAAUCAAGAGAAGUUACAAAAAAAAAAAAGAAAAACAGGAAGAAGAAUAUAAAUUUUAUCAAAGUGAAGCAAAAUCACAUUUGAAUCAAAUCAAGCAACCUCAACAAGCAAAAUUAAAUAGUAUAAUGAAAAUGGAUAUGAUUCAGAAUAUGAAAAAAGAUGAAAUUAUAAAAAUUUGGAAAGAUUAUCAUAAAGAUAAAGAUUACAUAUGUGGGAUAUUAACAUCAGAGCAAUUUGAUAAAAUGUUUGAACGUGGAAAGCGCUAUUCAACAUUUUUAUUGCCAUUACCUAGAAAACAAGGAUAUGAAUUUAUAGUUAGUCAAUUUUAUGGAUUAGAAAUUCAUAUGACACCACUUAUAUGGUAUCAAACACAUAAAGAAAAUGCACCAGAAUGUUUAACUAUGAUUCAUUAUAUAGAAUUUAAAGAUAAUAAAGGAAUUAUUCUUAUGCGGGGUGAAUUUGAUAAAAAAUGUAUUUCUGUGCAAGAAGCACAAUGUUUAGUAAAUGAAUUACAAUUAUAUUAUUGUACAGAUAAUAUUAAGAGAUUAGAACUUUUAGAAACAUUCACUAAUAAACCUGAUGAAUUUAAGUAUAUGAAUCUAAUAACACAGUUAGAAUCAAUACAAUUAGAAUUAAAAUAAUUAAAUAUAUGAAAAAUGUUUUCAUAUAAAAUUUGUUAUAAUUAUAUUUUAUUGGAUAUUAUAUAGAUAUAUUGAAUUUGUACAUAAUGUUCUCAAAAUAAAUGACAAAGUUUAUUGAAAAAA